AUGGAUUACGAUUUUGAUAACAAAUUGUCUUUGAAUCAAAACGGUCAUCACACAUCAUCGGCGGCAACCACACCAACGACAACUGCAACGGCAACAACAACACCCACAGCCCCUCAACAUCAUCCACAUCAUCAUCAGCAAUCACGUCCAUUGACUUUGGCCACAACAGGCUCGAUAACAACAGCAAAUGCAUCGACAGCAGGUGGAGUAGGUGGAACAGUAAAAACACCCAAAUCACCCAAACCGUUAAGCAACACCACAACAACAGGAGGAAACGGAAAUAACACUCAAAACCAAAAUCAACAUCAACAUUCACCACCAUCAAAUUGCAAGUCCAGUGUUCAGAGCCCAAAAUCAUUGGAAGCUGGCGAUUCGAAACUGACACCAAAAACACCACCAGUUACCCCGGAUUCACCUUCGACCUAUUUGGAUGAUGAUUUAGAUUCGUUGUAUUCCUAUACCACAACCUCGGGUCGUUCAACCAUGUCCUGUGAACAUCCCUAUGUGGCCAGAAAUGGCACCACUUUUAGUGGCCGCAAAAUGAAAUAUGUUGUGCAUUGCUCCAAUUACGCUGGCCAAGUGGGCGCCGACUAUCUGACACCCACUCAACGGGCCCAGCGACAGAUACGCCGUCUGAAGGAAUUAUUAUGUGUGGCCCGGCAAGAUUUGGAACAAAAAGACUCGGAACUUUUACGCUUGACACGUGAAGUUGUGGAAUUGCGGCUCUUCAAGGCCUCGCUCUCAUCGCCCGAUGAACGUUCGGCAUCCAGUGAUGCAGUCACAGUGCGUGAGGCCGAACUUAAGACGUCACAAGACGUUUCCCCCAUUGUCGAUAUGGUCGACGAUGGCCAAAACAAACAGCAUUCCAGCAUGAGUCCAACACGUCACAUGCAUGGCUAUCACCCACAUGCCGGCAGUCAUGCCGCCUCUGCCUCGCCCACUGUCAUGUUGCAUCAGACGUCACAAAAUUCACAGCCACACCUUCAUCAUCAUCAUCACCAUCACCACAGUGAUAUGCAAAGCUCCUUUGCAGAUUCGGGUCAUUUUGAAGAUAUGACCUCAUCAUCCGUACAUUCCAAAGAUUCUUCAUAUGCUGCCUCUUCGCAUGACCACCAUGAGCGCACAUGCGCCAGCGUAGCUGGGGUCAGUGACGAGGCCUCCACAUCGGCCCUCGAACAGUAUGAAUUACAGCGUCAAGAAUUGAUACGCAUGUAUGAGCAACGCAUCGAAGAUUUGGUACGCAGCCAGGAUGCUGUGGCCACAGACAUUAAGCGUUCCAACAACGAUCGCAUUGAGGCCUUGCUACAGAAGUUGGCCGAGUGCAAUACCCGCUAUGCGGAUAUAGUUCCCGACUAUGAACAUGCCAAGGAGCGCAUACGUGAGUUGGAGAAACAUUUGGAAGACUUGCAGCGUAAGCUGGCCGAACACGAGGAGAAACAAAAGCAAAUGUAUUUGCACAUGUACCAGAAGGGUCAGGAAGCGGAACGUAUUGCUCGCGCCGAUCAGGCAUUAGAAUUGGCACAUCGAGCACCACAAAACAAAGUAUCGAUUAACGAGCUGCUGCAUCAAUUGCAAUCCACCCAGGAUGAAUUGGAGAAUAUACGUGCAGCAGAAUGUAGAAAUGAAUGCGGCAGUAAUCAUGCUCUCCUUACUGCAAAAGAGGCUAUUUCUUUAUGGGUUCUCGGCGCGCGUAAGACCAUCUAUCGCCGUUUAUUGGAAGCUCAAAAAAAUCGCACUCAUGUGGAUCCAGAGGUGACUCUACAAUUCCUGAAAAGUGCUGUCUACUACUUCCUGACGGACAAGGAGAAUUCACACGGCCAUUUGCAGGCCAUAGAAUCCAUAUUGGAAUUCAGCGAAGCUGAGAAACAGGUCAUCAACAAGGCCCGUGCCUCAAAAUAAGAAGAAAAAAAAAAUAGAUUUUAAUAAUACAAACAAAGGGAAACCAAAAACAGAGGGGAGCAGUAAACGGCUAUUAAAAACCGCUUUAGCUUCCCCUUUGACAAAAAACAACCAACACACACUUUUAUAGUUAAUGUUAAUGAAAUUAUAAUAAUUAUUACAAUUAUAUAUAUAUAUAUAUAUUGAAAAUGAUAAUAAGGGUAAUACUAUGCAAUUAAGAAAACGCAAACUUUUAAGCCACUUCGAAGACAAUUUUUUUUUUUUUAAAUUUUGAAAAAUUUUGGUCAAAAUGUUUGCUGGGUAAUCUUAUUUCAAAAAUAUACAGCUCUAUAACGAAAUAAUUAUUUCAUUAAAAAAAACUCUAUCAAAUGAUUCACUUAUCUUGUAAUGUACAUGAGCAAAAAUUGUCGAAGAUGCUAUUUUGAAGUCUUCAGAUGCAUCCUAUAACUUGGAUCAAGAAAGGACUGCGGGAGCCUUUGAGUUCUAGCUACCAUCGGUUGGGGUGUUUACAUCCUUCUAUGCCAAGUCAUGUUCGCAUUACUAGUAAUUAUUUUUAUAGACUCCCUAUUUAAUAAAAGAAACGAAAAUGGACCAAAAGCAAAAACUUUACAAAUUCCCCACAUAACAAAACCAAAAUUUGAAUUCGAAAUUUACUGGCAUUAGCCAGUAAGUCUCACACAGCGGUAUGUAAUCUUUCUGAUGAUUUUGAGAGAUACUGCCUCACUACCCUCGCCAACCUAUGUCCUACGAGCACGAAAUUAUUGGGUAGGACCCCUUGUAUGAAUACCUUUUAUUCUUAUACGUCAUGCCAUUCUCCGAGAAACGUAGAAAUUCAUUGCUGAUUUAGAUUCAAAUUCACACAAUUUUGUAUUCAUAUGGUAAAUUGACAUAAUAUAUAUUGUCUAAUUAUCAAAAAAAUGCUAAUAGAAAAAAAAAUCAAAACUUCGAUAAAAGUUUAGUGGCCCUCUGCAAAUAAAUGAGCUAAGUAAAGACAGGUGGAUAUUUCAGUGAAGCCGACCAUUACAUUCUUAAAUCUUGAACACAUUUGCACACUGUGUUUGCUGGGUUAUCCUUGAUAAACUACAUAGAUAAGUAAUUUCAAGAACAAGAAAGUCAAAACUUCGCUUCAUAUUCAAAACAAAUACAUUCGUUAUUUUCUAAUUUUAUAAACAUCGCCCAAAAAGUUUGCUGGGAUAUUUAAUGCUCUGCAAAUAAACGAGCUGAGUAAAAAGAAGUGAAAAUUUCAGUGAAGCCGACCACUACAAUCUUAAAUCUUGAACAUACUUGCACACUAUUUUUGCUGGGAUAUCCUUGAUAAACUACAUAGAUAAGUAAUUUCAAGAACAAGAAAUUCAAAAUUCCCUUCAUAUUCAAAACAAAUUAAUCCAUUUGUUAUUUUCUUACUAAAUAAACAUUUUAGCCACAAAACUAAUUGGAUGCCAUACCAUGAGAGGAAGUCCCGUAAGUAAGGUAAUAACUGGAGACUCCAGAAUAAUAAACUCGGAACAUCCAUCGGCUAACAAAUAUUGAAAAAGGAUUGACAAAAUUGAUUAAACAAUUCGUCCAAGAAAGAAGAGAAAGGAAAAAUGUUUAGCUUUGAAAGAGGUGCUCUAUUUCUACUCUCAGGGUCAAAAGGCGAUUUUUCGCUCUUGGCAAAUAAAAUAAAACCAAAAUUGAAGUUUUUCACUGAAGGGCUCUUGCCGCCCUGCAACCACCAAGGAGGCACUUUUACAGUAUGAUAACUUGGCAUGUAUGGUGCAAAUCAUUAUUAAAUUCAUUAUGCAAAUUUUCAGCCAAAACAGAAUCAAUCAUUAAUGAAAGCAAUCAGAAUAUUGGUUUUUGAGGGAGCUAUGCGGGAUUUUCGAACGAUUUGGACUGUACAUAAAAAGACUUGGCUAGCCAAUAAAAUUCAUUUUUUUUUGGUUAGUAAUAGCUAGAUUUUCUUCUUUUCAAUUGCAUAGUAUUACCUUGUAACGAUUACAAAUGCCCAAAAGUGGUGUAAGAAGUACUUAUUUAUUGUGUUUUUAAGAUAAUCAUAAAUUGGUUGUAUAUUGAAACUGUUGGUUAUUAUUUUUUUUAAUAAUUAAUUUUUUUGUUUUUAAUUUAAGUAAAACGGAUUUUGGUUUCCUUUAAAGUAAAUGGCUAUAACUGAUAUUAAACUAGGUUAAUGGUCAUUUCCUAGUUAUGUUAUUCUUAUUUUAUUUCUUUAAGUAAGGAGAGUUUUAUGUUUAAUGGUUCAUUUAUUGUAAUGAUUUUUUUAGUUAAAAAUUUUAAUUUUUGUAUUUUUUGUUUUUAUAAAAAAUAUUGAAAAAUUGAAAUUAAACGAAUUUUUUUUAAUUUAAAAGAAAAUUAUUUUUUAUACAAAAACACAAAAUAAAGUGUAUAACCUGAUUCUUAUUAUAAUUAUUAUUUCUAUGCAUUAUUAUUUUUUAUAAAAUUAUAUAAAUUUUAAUACUUAGUUUAGCUUUAAAGACGUCCAAAAAAAAACUAGAAAGAUUUUAGCAAACAAAACAAAAUUAUAUACCUAACCCCCCCAUAUACAUUAAAAUAAAAAAAAAUUAAAACAGAAAUCAAACAAAAUGUUUAGCAAAAUUUACUUAAAUUUGAUCUUUUUCCAACACAUGAUUGGCCUUUCUUUUUAUUGAGCAAGCAGAGAAAACCCUAAUUGUAAUGCCUAUACAAUAUUUUUAGUGUUAAAAAUUUUAUGCUAUUAUUAAUCGUAUUGGACAUCUGAAAUUUUUAUAAAUUGUUUUUAAGCAAACCUCGGCAAUGCAGCUUUUGAAAAUUGUUUAACGAUUUUAAUUUGUUUGACUAAUCGUACAGUUUCGCACUUCCCCAAGGGCGAAAUGAAAAUGAGUAACAGGGGACUGCACUGCAGCUGACAUCAAAAUUUUUGACAAAAAAAAAAAACAAAAAAUCGGGAAAACAAUUUUUAAUACUAAAUACAACAUCGACAACAAUACAAAAAAAAAUAAAAGAAAAAAACAGUUGAACUUUAUAACAGAAACUAACCUAAAACCCAAACAAUAACUAACAUAUUUGGAGAACUACAAUAAACUAAAAUAACCUUAAUGUUCCAAGAAAAAAGAAAAUACAUAUGUAGAUGAAAUUGAAAUAAAACAAAAGA